AUGUUGGCUCUAAAAGAUGGGAUAAGAGUAAAAAAGUCAUGUAAAGCUCUUUAUGAGGUUGGUUGCAAGGACAAGGCAUGCAAGUUCAAUGUGCGUGCAACGAAGUUACCUGAAGGAGGAGAAUAUUGGCAAGUUCGGAUGUUCCACAAAGUACACACGUGUACUGUCGAUGGUUUGCAAUGGCAAUUUGCAACCGUGAGUGUGAAGAUAAUUGGUGAACUUAUGUCACACAAGCUUCAGGUUAAUGGAGCAGCAUUAAGACCUAAUGAUAUAAUUGUGGCUACUAAUGAGAUAGAAAUAUUCAAAUAUUAUUUCUGGGCAUACGGGGCUUGUAUUCGGGUGUUUAGGGAUGUAAUGCAUCCUACGGUUGCAAUUGAUGCGACACAUCUGAAAAGCAGGUUCAAGGGUGUUCUGUUUGUCGCUGUAUGCAAAGAUGCAAAUGAGUUUGUAUAUCCAGUUGCGUUUGGCAUCAGCCAUGUUAAGGACGAAGACUCAUGGAUGUGGUUUCUUAGCAAGCUGCGUGAAACGGUUGGUUGCCUUGAAACCACUAUGUUCAUUUCUAAUCAGCAUCUCGGCAUUAAGAAAGCAAUCCAAAAUGCAUACCCAGAAGCACACCACGAUUUAUGCGGUAAAUGCAAACAUGAAGCCAUUGAAUUCUGCGCUAACUACUACAAGACAACUGUUUUGGUGGAGGGUUAUGCGGGGUCUAUUCACUCGGUAGGCCAUCCCAGUGAAUGGGACAUCCCCCCUCAUGUGAAACAAAUUGUCGUCUUGCCACCACCUUGGCAAGGCCAAGCGGAAAGACCUAGAAGAAGAAAGAUUCCAUCUGCAGGUGAAGGCAGUCGAGCACGGAGAUGUUCACAAUACAAGAGGUACGGCCAUAACAGACAGAAUUGCCCAUCACCAUUUGCAGUUCCAUCCAUAAAUCCGACACCAUUUCCAAGUCAAUCGACUCCUCCACAAGUGCGUCGAUCGAAAGCAUGUUCAAGUUGCAGACAAACCUCACACACACAACAACUGUCCAAUACGAAGGAUAAUGUCUAA